AUGCCGCUGUCGUCGGCUCAGAAAGCCCUGGUCGACCGGUUCGCCGCUAGGACCGGCGCCGACAAGAAGAAGGCCGAGAGGUUUCUUAAGAAUGCCAAUUUCGACUUCGAUGCCGCCAUCAGAGCGGGAGAGCGCCGUGUCAGGGUCCGGAUCUCCUGGGAAGACGUACAUCGUGAGGCUGCGGACCUGCCAGUCGCCAGCAGUCGAAACGUCGCGGGUCUUCAGAACCUCUGGUCGGCCAGCACCGCUCCCGUUCAACUCUGCAUCACAUUCUUUUGUGUUCCCUCAUCAGAAUCCGUCUUCGUCACCACCGCCAUCCCAGGCCCACCAAGCACCAUGUCUGGCCAGGGAAACCAGGGACACCCGGGAAACCAGAGAAUGCCCGGUGUGCAAGUCUUCUACCGCGGCAGCUUCACCCCCAACGAGGAAGACUGGCAGCAGAACUUGAAGACAAAUCUGUCGGAGCCCUAUGCGAGCACUGCGUCCCAUCUGGACAAUCUCCCUGACCCCAGACCCCGACUUGUCCAUUUCAAUGCUCCAGCUGUCAACGUGUCUGAGACUGCUCUCAAAAACCAGUUUGAGUCCCUCAGAAAUCCUUCCGAAGACCCGGUUGACACCAUCGGCACCAAUGGCUCCAUGGAGUACCUCUCGUCUCUCGGCAUCAACUUCGAGGACGCCUCCAUGUUCGUCGCCUUGUGGGUUCUCGAGUCGCGUAUUGGCGAGCUGAAGAAGGAUGACUUUGUCCGAGCUUGGAAGAAAUUCGGAGUCCAACCCAAACUCGAGGACCAGCAGACGCACAUGGCGGUCCAGACCAAGUUCCUGGCCUACCAGAUGCCUCUGUUCAGGGACGUGUACCGCCAUGCCUUCGUUGCCGGCAAGGAACCCGAUGCGCGAGCUCUCCCGGUGGAGGCCGCCAUCACGUUCUGGGAGGUCAUCUUCAAGGACCCUGGCCUGCCGUGGGUGGGCAAGCAGACCGGCAUCAACUGGUUGUCGCUGUGGAUCUCCUUCCUCAAGGAGAAGUGGACCCGCACCGUGAGCAAGGACAUGUGGAACAUGACGCUGGAGUUUGCCCUCAAGAGCCGCGACGACGAGACUCUAUCGUUCUGGAGCGAGGACGGCGCCUGGCCCGGCGUCAUCGACGACUUUGUCGCCUGGUACCGCGAGAAGCGGGCCAGCGGCACUGCUAUGGACGUGGACUCUUAG